ACUUAUAAGUUAUAAGUUAUAAUAAUCUACACGAUUUUAUACAGUUAACUCGGCUACCACAUUUUAUGUACCUAUAGCUAACGUACUAACGCAAUAACGAAGUUGUAAAAACACGAUCCAUAAUGUACCAUACAUAUUUUAUAAUUUAUUAUUGUUUAUUACUUUUGAUCACAAUAACGGCUACUUUCGACAAAAAAUAUCAGUUUAAACAGUUUAAAGAUUCUUCUAGUGAAAACAUCUUUAACAUCAACGAACAUGGACCCGAACGACCUUGUGGUGGGCAUAUUAUCGAGUCAAAUAAUUAUCAAAUUAAAAAUUAUCCAGAAAUACCGUUGGACAUCAUAAUGGAAUUAAACCAGGUUAAAAGUGUUUCAGAACUAUUUAAGUUUAUGCCACAUAUCGAUAUUCAAGAAAUGUUAAAGUAUGAAACUUAUGAUGGUCAAAAUUCGACGAUUGUUCCAAAAGCAGCCACUUGUACCACCGAAAAUCAAACAGUUAGCCUGAGAGAUGAUAAUAACCCAAGUUUAUACUAUUCACCACCCUGUACACGAGUGAAGCGAUGUGGUGGUUGUUGUGGUAGCAGUUUGGUUUCCUGUCAACCAACCGAAGUAGAGAUGCUUAAUUUUGAAGUUACCAUUCUACAGUAUAAUGAAACAUUCACUUUCAAAGAAAAAAAAAUUAUUACUAUAGAGCAACAUGUGAAAUGUAAAUGUGAUUGUAUCGUUAAAGAGAAAGACUGUAAGCCCUCACAAAUGUAUAAUGCCAGAGAAUGUCAAUGUGUUUGUAAUAAUUCAGAAGAAGAGUGCGAAGAACAAGGUAAAAAGGUAUGGGAUUCAGACACUUGUUCGUGUCGAUGCAUUGAAGAGCAAGAAUGUACAACAGGAUACAAAUAUGAUUACAAUACAUGCAGUUGUGAAUUAGCAUAGAGAAGACUUCUUACAAUCCAUACAAAUAUCACUUAACCAUGAACUUAAUAGAGAUUACUAGCUUAACUCGUAAAAGUUAUUUUAAUUAAUUAUAAGUUUAAUUAUUAUUAUACCUACAUUAUUCAAUUAAUCAAUAAUUUUGUAAACUAAAUGUAUCGACUACAUUGAUAAUAUAAAUAAGUAGUAGUAUAGUACUUAAACAAUUUCAAUAAAAUAGAUAUCUAGCUAUUCAUAAGUGUAAAAUAUAAUUCCUUCAAGCAAAGUAUUCACAAAAGUAAUGUAUAGACCUACAUUAAUAAUUAUUAAUUAAUGCCUUUAAUAGAACAUUUAAUAAUUAGUUUAAUUUUAUACUCAAUAUAUCAAUGUUUGGAUUCAAUA